AUGGCGACGGCGGCCCUCACCGAGUAUGAACGGCGGAGGAUGGAGAAUAUACGGCGCAACGAGGAGAUGAUAGCGUCCCUCAAGCGCAAAGCCGAGGACCUGUCAGCCAUCGUUAAGGCCUCCAAGGCCAGGCCCCACCGGCCGGCCAAACCGCACCAGCCGGCGGUCGUCAUCCGUCGCUCCCUCCGGUGCCGCGGUAUCCCGCCGGAGCAAUCCCGGGAGGCUUCCGAUCUUCCUGCGCCGUCCUCUUCCUCUAAGGUGGUGAGCCCCGCCAAGAAGAAGGGCCCUCUGCCGAUGGAGGAGGCAUUCGUAGGGUCACCGUCUUUGGCCGGGCACCUUACCAGCACGAUUUCCGGCAUGGAGGAGAAUGCGCCCCUGCACCGGAGGAGGAAGCGUGUGGAGGAAAGUGGGGGAUCGUGGGAUCCAGCGACGUCGCUUACGCUGGUCCCGGAAAAUGUGAGGAGAUUGCUUCCCGGGAGGAUUCUGACUGUUUGUUUCUUUCCAUUCGGCGACCGGAGGGUGGUGGCUGCCGGAGAUAAGCUCGGGCAUCUAGGUUUCUGGGAUGGCGAUUUUGGGGAGGGCGCGGGUGAUGGCUCGUACAUUUUUGCUCCGCACACGGCGCCGGUUUCGGGGAUUUCAUUUCAUCCCUUCUCUCUGUCCAAGGUAUGACUGGCUGAAACCCAAUGGAAUAUUUUGCUUUUUCUCCUUAGCUUAGGAUUACGAACUACGCGGCCGCUAUGCCAUCGCCAGGGAUGCUACAGGGACAAUGAUCUUUCUCUAAUUCUAGCAUGGAGACGCUUACCUCAACUCAGAGAAAUGAGAUGAAAAUAACAACUUUCCUGCAUUUCUUGUAGAGAUCGUGAACAUACUUAAUGUUUGGGUUGCCUGCGAUUUGCAUUUUGCUUUUGGAUAUCUCUUCGUGCUCAGCUUUUGGGUACAGUCGAUAUUAAUUCUACAAUGUAAUGGCUUACCAAUCAUGUGUGCAGAUUUUUUCCUGCAGCUAUGAUGGCUUCAUCCGAUUAAUGGACGUGGAGGAGAAUCUGUUUAAUAUGAUAUAUUCCACUGAGGAGGCCGUUUUCUCUUUAUCCCAUCAACCAAACGAUGCCAAGUCCAUAUACUUUGGCGAGGGUCCUGGUGAAUUGAAAGCGUGGGAUGAGAAAGCUGGGAAAGUCUCCAAUUCCUGGGUCUUGCAUGACCAGCGGAUCAACACCAUAGAUUUUAGCAGGGAAAAUACUAAUCUGAUGGCUACGAGUUCUACCGAUGGUGUUGCGUGCAUAUGGGAUUUGAGAAAAAUUCGUGCCAAAAAACCGGAAGGAAUCAGAACUGUACGGCAUGCAAGAGCUGUUCAUUCCGCUUAUUUCUCACCCAGUGGAGCUUCUCUUGCAACAACGAGGUACGUCCGCCAGGAUGGUUUUUUAUAUUGAAUUCACAUGAGGAUCCGCAGGUACUUUUGCUGGAUUCAUCGAAGAAAUGGAUUUCUUAUCGCUCUGAGUUUAAGUAUCAAAACUGCAGUUGGUUUUAUCUCUGCCAUUUGACCCAUGGUAUCAAGAAAAAACAAGUAACUCAAUGGCACGCCAUUCUUUUGGUUGCAGUAUUGAUGAUACAGUUGGAAUCCUCAGCGGUCCAAACUUUGACAAUUCGACUAUGAUAAGCCACUUCAAUCAGACAGGCAGGUGGCUUUCUUCCUUCAGGUACGUUGACUAAUGUACUUAUCUGCUCUUGUCGGGACAAUGCAAUUUAUCAAUACAAUUAGUACCCCUGUGUGUUCUAACGUGCCUUUCAUCUCAAUAGUAGUCGUGAUGAUAAAAGAACGUGUAAUUCUUUUAGGGUUGACUGGUGCAAUAUUUUUUAUGAUUAUUUGGCAUGCAAGAAACCUAAAAAAGUCAAUAUGUAGUGAAAAGUGCUGUCUAUAAACACGCUGAGAAAAAAAACUAGAAAGAUACUUCUGUCGUUUUAAUUCUCAUCCAAGAAGAGAGAGAUGUUACGAAUCUCAAUCAAUGAUGGACAUAUAAUGAUGUAACACAUUCGAUCUCUGAUUCGUCCUCCACACCUUAAAUAACCCCAGUGGUUGACUUUCCUAGUUUUUGACUCCGCAUCCUCCGGUUUCUCAAGUAUUGCCCACGACUGUGAUGGCUAGUAUUUUCCUCUUCAUGAUCAGAGAAUGUGGAUGGCUCUGUUCUUAGCUCGGUUCCCUCAGUGGUAACGAUUGAGGGUCCCAUUGUUUUCUGCGGCAGGGCGAUCUGGGGGUGGGACGACAGGUUCCUCUUCAUGGGGAACAUGAAGCGGGCAGUUGACGUCAUCUCCACAGUGGACAAGACGAGGACGGCUCUGGAGAGCCCUCUCAUGACGGCGAUACCCUGCCGGUUUGCUGCGCACCCUCACAGAGUCGGCCUCCUCGCCGGCGCCACCGCCGGCGGCCAGAUAUACAUGUGGUCGCAGUAG